CGGGCGCUGUCUCAGUGAAAGCUAGGCUGCUGCGGCGGCUGCUGAGGCGGCGGAGGCAGCGGAGGCGGCGAGGUGGUUGUACGCGUGGGACGCAGGCUCAGCGGUGACGGCGGUUCAGCCUGCAGCAGCACUGGCCCGUCUGGAGUGGCCGCUGUGAGGACGCCAACCGCAGUGGAAGAACCGCAGCCGGGGCUCCGCGCUCCGCGGAGCCGGCGGUCUCCGGGAACAGGUGAUCCCAGCGGGAACCCGGAGCCCUCCCGAGUUGGCAGUGCGAGAACCCGCACUCCCAGGUGCAGCUGCAGCCACCCCGCCGUGACUGGUCGCAGUCGGCCGGGCUCCAGACUCAGGCUCGGGCAUCCCUGCGCUCACUGGGGCCCGCGAAGCCCUCUGCCCCGGCAGGCUCAGAAGUGUCAGCUCCCGCUGCCUGGCGCUCGCUCUGCGGAGGGACAAAGUUGUGGACGUGUCCACAUAGCCGAGUCCUGGCGCUGUCGCGAUCUGGCCGGGUCAACGCACUCUCGGAGCGCCUCUGACAGACCAGCCCCGCAACUGUCUUGCCUCCCUCCCGCCAGUCUGCUCCCUCUGGGAACUGCUUCUGAGGCUGAAACUUUGGGCCAAGGGGCUGAGGGCGGCUCGGCUCGUGGACGAGGCCUGUGGGCACCCCUCUGCAUCGACAGCCCCGGUACCGCGGACAGCCCCGAUACCGCGGACGGCAUGUGACAGCCCCAGCAACGGCCGCAGCGCGGGAAGGCGCGGGCCCGGCAGCUGCGAGGAGGAGCUGCACGGCCGGCCCUUGCGGGCCCGGGCCCUGAGCCGUGUCACCCAGCUCGCCCGGGCCCCGCCAAGGCCGCUGCGCCCCCGCCUCGGCGAGGGAAGACUCGCUCCAAACUCUGAAGGAAGUUCAUCCUUUAGAGGCAGUACUAGACUGGCCGAAACUCUCAGAGACCCCCCGCCAUCCCGGACGGCGCCCCUUGUCGACCUCCCCUAGCCCAGGCCCCUGCUGAUAAGUGCCUAGACUCUGAGAGCCUGGGGGCCCGGCUGGAGCUGACUGUCCCCGGUUCUGUUCCAAGCCAGGAUGCUCAUGAGGAAAGUGCCCGGCUUCGUCCCGGCCUCCCCGUGGGGGCUGCGUUUGCCGCAGAAGUUCCUUUUCCUUCUUUUCCUCUCAGGCCUCGCCACCCUGUGCUUCGGGGCCCUCUUCCUACUGCCCAACUCCUCUCGCCUCAAGCGCCUCUUCCUGGCGCCCCGGACCCAGCAUCCCGGCCUGGAGGUAGUUGCCGAUGUCCCCGGCCAACCCUCGGCCCGAGAGCAGGAAUCUCCCCCUAAACCUGCUCCUGCUGCGCCAGCCCCGGGCGAGGACCACCCCAGCAGCCUAGCCAGUACCCGCAGCAGGAAAGGGUGGCUGCGGCGUACUCACCCCACCAGGACACGGGAGGAGGCCACGGAGCCCCGGAGCAGCGGUGUCGAGGCCCUCAGACCCCAGGAGGGGAGCAUUCCAUUUAGCUUUGACUUCAACGCGUUCAGGAGCCGCCUCCGCCACCCGGUCCUGGGGACUACAACUGAUGAGAGUGAGGAGCCCCAGAGCCUAGUUCAAACCCAGCGGGAGAAAAUCAAGGAGAUGAUGCGGUUUGCCUGGCAGAGCUAUAAGCGUUACGCAAUGGGGAAAAAUGAGCUCCGGCCCCUCACAAAGGACGGCUACGAGGGCAGCAUGUUCGGAGGCCUCAACGGGGCGACAGUCAUCGACUCCCUUGACACCCUCUACCUCAUGGAGCUGAGAGAGGAGUUCCAGGAGGCCAAGGCCUGGGUCGAAGAGAACUUCCACCUGAACGUGAGUGGAGAAGCAUCUUUGUUCGAGGUGAACAUCCGGUACAUCGGAGGACUCCUCUCGGCCUUCUACCUGACAGGGGAGGAGGUGUUCCGAGUAAAGGCCAUCAAGCUCGGAGAGAAACUCCUGCCGGCCUUCAACACGCCCACAGGAAUCCCCAAAGGGGUCGUGAACUUCAAAAGUGGCUCCAACAGGAGCUGGGGCUGGACCAUGGCUGGGAGCAGCAGCAUCCUGGCGGAGUUUGGAUCCCUGCACUUGGAGUUCUUACACCUCACUGAGCUCUCUGGCAACCAGGUCUUCGCUGAAAAGGUCAGGCACAUCCGGAAGGUCCUCAGGAAGAUCGAUAAGCCAUUCGGCCUCUACCCCAACUUCAUCAGUCCAGUGAGUGGGAACUGGAUGCAGCACCAUGUCUCAGUUGGAGGACUCGGGGACAGUUUCUAUGAGUAUUUGAUCAAGUCCUGGUUGAUGUCGGCCAAGACAGAUAUGGAGGCCAGAGAUAUGUACUACGAAGCCUUGAAGGCAAUAGAGACUCACCUGCUGAACGUGUCCCCCGGGGGGCUGACCUACUUUGCUGAGUGGCGUGGGGGGAUUCUGGACCACAAGAUGGGGCACCUGGCCUGCUUCUCCGGGGGCAUGAUCGCCCUCGGCGCUGAGGAUGCUGAGGAGGAAAAGAGGGCCCGCUACCGAGAGCUCGCAGCCCAGAUCACUAAGACGUGCCAUGAGUCAUAUGACCGCUCAGAUACCAAACUGGGGCCCGAGGCCUUCUGGUUUAACUCCGGCAGAGAGGCGGUGGCCACGCAGCUGAGCGAGAGCUACUACAUCCUGAGGCCCGAGGUGGUGGAGAGCUACAUGUACUUGUGGCGGCAGACCCACGACCCCAUCUACAGGGAGUGGGGCUGGGAAGUGGUGAUGGCCUUGGAGAGACACUGUCGGACGGAAGCCGGCUUCUCCGGGAUCCAGGACGUGUACAGCGGCGUUCCGAGCCACGACAACAAGCAGCAGACCUUCUUUCUAGCGGAGACGCUAAAGUAUCUCUAUCUUCUGUUCUCUGAAGAUGACACGCUCUCCCUGGAAGACUGGGUGUUCAACACGGAGGCCCACCCACUGCCCGUGAACCACUCGGACAGUGCCGCUGGGGUCGGGGACCCGCUUUGACCCCUCUCCCUGCUGCCCCUGUGGCCCCCGCAGGGACACCUUGCCUUUCCAGGUCUGGGGACUGUUCUCAGAGGGAUUGGGAACACAGGCCCCAUUCCGGGCAGCUGUGCUGGACAAGCAGCUGCUUCUCCUCUGUGAGGAGCCAGGACGCGGGACACGGCGACGUCACGCCAGGCCCAGACCUUCCGUCUACGGAGAAUUUCUGUGAAACCCGCCCGGCCGCCGUUCCAGGGCCAGAGCACUGGAGGUCUGCACAUCGACCCCUUGUAUUUGGUUCACCUGUUUCGUUUUGAGGCUGUUUUUGAUUUUGCUUGGUUUUGCCUUUUCUCUAUAGCUGUGUUGUAUCACAAAUUACAGAUAGUUUUGAAAAUCAUGCUCUCAAAAACAAUCACCCUGAUAAACUAAACCUCCCUCUGUUUGUACAUACACAAAAGCCUUGACCUUAUUUUCUAUAUUUUAAAUGCCUCUUGCCCAUCAUUCACUGUAUGUUCAACCACGUGUCACUUACCUUAUAAUUUGAGGGGGGUCCCCUUUGAUUUGGGCCUGAGUGUUACGAAUCACUAGUGCUGUUUUCAUUAUUGUAAUGGGAAGAUCUGUAAACCUACAAUAAAAGAACUUAUUGAAUAUGAAA